GAGGGGUCUCAGAGUCCGAGGCUGCAGCUCUGGGGCUGCGGCGCGACCUGCAAGAGUCGUGCGGCGGGCCCGGCCAUGCCGACGCGGGCAGAGGACUAUGAGGUGCUGCACACCAUCGGCACGGGCUCCUACGGCCGCUGCCAGAAGAUCCGGAGGAAGAGCGACGGCAAGAUAUUAGUUUGGAAAGAACUUGACUAUGGCUCCAUGACAGAAGCUGAGAAACAAAUGCUUGUUUCUGAAGUGAAUUUGCUCCGUGAACUGAAACAUCCAAACAUCGUCCGUUACUAUGAUCGAAUUAUUGACCGAACCAACACAACACUGUACAUUGUAAUGGAAUAUUGCGAAGGAGGGGACCUGGCUAGUGUAAUUACAAAGGGAACCAAGGAAAGACAAUACUUAGAUGAAGAGUUUGUUCUUCGAGUGAUGACUCAGCUGACUCUGGCCCUAAAGGAAUGUCACAGACGAAGUGACGGUGGUCAUACUGUACUGCAUCGGGACCUGAAACCAGCCAAUGUUUUUCUGGAUAGCAAGCAAAACGUUAAGCUUGGAGACUUUGGGCUAGCUAGAAUAUUAAACCAUGAUACAAGUUUUGCAAAGACAUUUGUUGGCACCCCUUAUUACAUGUCUCCUGAACAAAUGAAUCGCAUGUCAUACAAUGAGAAAUCGGAUAUCUGGUCACUAGGUUGUUUGCUGUAUGAAUUGUGUGCACUAAUGCCUCCAUUUACAGCUUUCAACCAGAAAGAGCUAGCUGGAAAGAUCAGAGAAGGCAAAUUCAGGCGAAUUCCAUAUCGUUACUCUGAUGAAUUGAAUGACAUUAUUACAAGGAUGUUAAAUUUAAAGGAUUACCAUCGACCUUCUGUUGAAGAAAUUCUUGAGAAUCCUUUGAUAGCAGACUUGGUUGCAGAAGAGGAGAAAAGAAAUCCUGAGAGAAGAGGGCGACGACUGGGAGAACCCGACAAGUUGCAGGAGUCCAGCCCUGUGCGGAGUGAGCUGAAACUGAAGGAAAUACAGUUGCAGGAGCGGGAGCGAGCCCUCAAGGCGAGAGAAGAACGCCUGGAGCAGAAGGAACGUGAGCUUUGUGUUCGUGAGAGACUGGCUGAGGACAAACUGGCUAGAGCAGACAGUCUGUUGAAGAAUUACAGCCUGCUGAAGGAGCACAAGUUCCUGUCGCUGGCGAGCAGACCAGAACUUUUUGAUCUUCCAUCCUCGGUGACUAAGAAGAAAGUUCAUUUCAGUGGGGAAAGUAAAGAGAACAUGGUGAGGAACGAGAAUUCUGAGAGUCAGCUCGCCUCCAAAUCCAAGUGCAGAGACCUGAAAAAGAGACUGCAAGCCGCCCAGCUGCGCGCGCAGGCGCUGUCGGACCUGGAGAGGCAUUACCAGCUCAAGAGCCGGCAGGUGCUGGGCAUGCGCUAGCCGAGCCGGGCUAGGGGUGCCCGCCCCUUAAAGACGGGCGUUGAGGGGCCGCAGCUCCGUGUGCUUGGUUCCGUGAGCCGAGCCUCUUUGUACAGUGAGCGUGAUAUUUUGGAAUAGCUUUUGCUGUUCUUCAGCAACAGUUGUAAAAAUGUCCACGUCUUUAAUUUUUCUUUUUUAAAGAACACUUUAUAGAAAGAAUGACCCUUUUUUGGAUGGUUGGGCUUUGAAUCCUGUGUGUGAUUACUACUGGGACAUGAAAUGUUACCUUCUAAAUGUCGGGGGAAAUGAUGUUAGGAAAAGAAUAUUUACCCAGUUCUAAAUGACUGAGUGGUAUGCUUACAAUUGUCUAGGUUUAAAAUUUAAGUCUGAGGUUUUAAAUGUUCUUGAGCUUAGAAAAUACCCCAUUGCUCUGUAGUGCAAAUCUGUCACCUUUUGUGAAAAUUUAUCACUGAUGUCUAUAUUCUUUUUUUCCUUUUUAUUCUAUUUAACAGUAUGUGAGCUGGCUGUCAUCUACCUGCC